GGUUGUUCUGCGCAAGUACACACAAAAAGAAUCCUGCAAUCGAGCAGAAUUUUCAUAUUUAUUUUCAUCUCAGAAAAAAUUAAGAUCUCUUGCGAGCACAAUUUUACGUCAAUUAACUGCAGAACGUUUUGCUAAGUCAUCUAAUAGAAAUGGCGAGCUCGGCGAGCGACAAUCAGCGCGAGAUUGCCCGCAAAACAUGGGAGUUGAGCAACAACAUCGAAAACGUCAACUCGAUCGACGACGUCUACCGCUACGACGACAAGCAACAAAAGGACAUUCAGUCCGCCAAACCGUGGGACAAGGAUCCGCACUUCUUCAAGGAUAUCCGAAUUUCCGCCCUGGCGCUGCUCAAGAUGGUGAUGCACGCCCGAUCCGGCGGCACCCUAGAAGUGAUGGGACUGCUCGUCGGCAAGGUGGACGGAAACACGAUGGUCGUGAUGGACUCGUUCGCCCUGCCAGUCGAGGGCACCGAAACCAGGGUCAAUGCCCAGGCGCAGGCUUACGAGUACAUGACCCAAUACAUGGAGGCGGCAAAGAAGGUUGGACGGUUGGAAAAUGCAAUUGGUUGGUACCACAGCCACCCUGGCUACGGCUGCUGGUUGAGCGGAAUUGACGUCUCCACGCAAAUGCUGAACCAAAACUUCCAGGAACCUUUCGUUGCCAUUGUGAUCGAUCCUGUGAGGACUAUUUCGGCUGGAAAAGUCAACCUGGCUGCUUUCAGGACAUACCCCAAGGGCUACAAAGCUGCCAACGAUGAGCCUUCCGAGUACCAGACGAUUCCGCUGAACAAAAUUGAGGACUUCGGCGUGCACUGCAAGCAGUAUUAUGCACUUGACGUCACUUACUUCAAAUCGAGCCUGGACAGAAGACUGCUCGACUCUCUGUGGAACCGCUACUGGGUCAACACCCUUGGAUCAUCUUCACUCAUCACUAAUGCUGACUACACAACUGGCCAGAUUUUUGACCUCUCAGACAAACUGGAGCAAGCGGAGACGGCGUUGGGCAGAGGCAACUUCAUGAUGAUCGACCCGCACGAGAAACGAACUGAGGACAAGUUGGGCAAGGCGACCAAGGACAGCAGCAAGACCACCAUCGAGGUCAUCCACGGCCUGGUGGCGCAGGUCAUCAAGGACAGACUCUUCAACUACCCCAGCAACUCUUGCAACCCGAAACAGGCGUGAAAAGGAAAGAAACCAGCAAAUUUGUAAAUGACACUCAAAAUUUAUAUGUUUAUUCGUGGCAAGGUUUCAUUGUCGCUUAUCCUUACAAAUAAAUAGUUUUAAAAUCA